GCAAGAACAUCUCACCUAACCUGAGUUUUUUCGAGUUCCUUGUGAUAGAUACAUCAGAAAACGCUCCUUUAGUAGGAAGUUCACGUUCAAAUCCAAUUCAUUGCCAUUUUGUUAGGAGGAGCAUCACAGUGGCCUUUCCUAUUCGGCGCACCGCGCGAAAGGAGUUGAUCGACUUGAACUGCGAUACUGAAGAUACUACUAACUUUUACACAUUAUUCCAGUACUAGCUUGCCCUUCACUUCUCUACUUUUUUGAGAACACCAGCAGCACGUAAGGGAAAAAAUGACCACGAAAACGCUGCUGACGCUGGGCUUCGUACUGCACGCUUUUGCGGAGAUUGUCUUCGCGACGUGGUUCAUCCUGGACCCCAUCGGCAUGGCCAAAGCGCGCGGAAACACCCCGUCGCCGGAAUUCACGAGGAGCUUGGGCAUCCACAUUGGUUGCCUCGGCCUGUUGGGCGUUCUGUUCCUCCCCGAUGUUUUCAAGUUCAAAAAAGGAGCGACUGCAUCCACCGGAACAAAUUCGAGCAGCUCUACCAGCAUUAUAUCGCGGGUUACGGCGGCGUUUCUGUUUUUUCACGGUGUCACGUUGCUGCGAGUUUAUUUCUCGGCGAAGUACAACUCCAGUAGUGCUGCGACCUCCAUGCUAUCCGUGAUUCUGGCCACGAUACAGAGCCCCGUGGUGAUGCUGCACCUACCGAUCUUUUUGUUCUUGCUCGCCGGAGCGAUCUGGACCUUGGAGAUGUUUGGAAAGCGAAAAUCGCAAACAACAUUCGCGCCUAUCUCCGAGUUCCGCAGCUUGAUGUUCAAAACGACCGAGGCCGUCGUGCACUUGAAUCAGAAUCCCGUCCCAUUAUAUCUGUACGUCGUUUACCUUCCGCACAUUGUCCUCCUCCUGGGCGAUGCGUACGUGCAACUUUUCCAGCCGGGUUUCGCUCCGGGGAUCAGCAAGGUCGCACCGUCUCCGGAUUCUCAGCCCCCGCUGGGGGUCGCGCUGGCGACCCUUGGACUGGUCGCGGUGCUGUUUUUACCGGCUAUUUUUGUCCUCGCGCGGCAGCAGGAGGACGGUGAGGAGGCAAAGGAAAACCAAAAAAGCCUUUCAAAACUGAAUUUCCUCUCUAUGUUCUACCACUUCGCCAUGGAUCUGAAAUUGGCAAUUCAGGACGGACAAGAUUUGAAGAUUCUCGAAUUCCGGUUUCUGAGCCACUUCCUGCUCGGUCUCGGCUUUGCCUGGUACGUGUAUGAAUCGGUGGUGAAGAGUAGAGGCCGGAUGUUGAGCAGCGCGGGAGGCAAGGCGCGGAGUAAAUCUUCGGGGAAAAAGAGAGGCAGAAGUGCUGCGUCAGCAGGUCGCAAAAAUUCGCGGUCGGCGAGCGGGAAGAAGAAAAAGUAGUGUUUGCGCAUCAACACCCAUGCGCAGGUAGAUCAUGGUGCAAGGACUGCGGGCCCGACUGCCGCAUUUGCACCGUAAAAAUAGAGUUAAAGAAAAAUACAAUUCUUGCGUUUCUAGGGCUGUUUUGAUAAAUUUGCAAAAGAUUUGGUUUUUCUUGAAAGAAUUCAACCUGGAUCAAGGCCUUACAAUGGAGAGUACGAUACGUAAGUGGUGUAACUGUAAGAUGAUAAUUAUUAAACUUAAAGCGUAUUUUGCUGCGCUCCAUCUCCAUGUCGUCAUUUGAAACGGCUUUGAUGUUGUAUGAUGAAAACGCCGGUACCUGAGUGUGAUUUAAAUGAGCACCUUCCAUGCUAUUCUUAGUACAACCAGGGCUGAGCUGCAAACAAGGCCGAGGAUUGCAG